AUGCCACGCGAUAUUGAAAAACCUCGUAAAACCUUACGUCGAGGAAUUCACAUAACCGAACAUAAAGAUUAUCGAAUAAAUCCAGAACCAUUAAUUUUACGAGAAGCCGAUUUUUUAUUAGAAGAGUUUCUUUCACCGACAAAACUAGUUUGCACAGAUGAUUUGCAAAAAAUUACCGAGCUUGAAAUGAUUGUUGAUACAUCCGAUACGAGUUUGGGCAAUUUUGGUAUUUAUUUACAAAAUAUGAUACAAUUAAAAUUAAAUAAUAGUGUAAUUCCACGUGUCAGAGAUUUGGGCACAUCAUUGUCUCAUAUUCGAAUAUUAUGGAUGGCACGAUGUUGUCUGAAUGAUUUAGAUGGUGUGACUAGUUUGCAAUCAUUAGAAGAACUUUAUAUAGCUUAUAAUGAAAUUAUUGAAUUAAGUGCAUUAAGUAUGUUAGAAAAUUUGAAAAUAUUAGAUCUUGAAAGCAACAUAGUUGAUGAUCUUCGACAAGUUGAAUUUCUAGCAUUGUGUCCUAAAUUACGUUCAUUGAGUUUAGAAGGAAAUCCUGUUUGUAGUGAACCACAACCAGAUCUAGAACAAGAAAACUAUGAUUAUCGAGCUGAAAUUUUAAAACGAUUACCAAAAAUUGAGAUAUUAGAUGAUGAAAAAACAACAAAAGACGCAAGAAGAACAAAAGAAUUAAAACGUACAGAUUCAUCAUUAUUAUUUCAACAAGAUUGGUCACUAAUUGAAGAAUGUAUUGCUUCCGGCAUGGCACCGCCAGAUGAUAAAUUGAUUUGUAAUCAAAUUGAAUCACGACCUCGUUCUUCCAAUAGUCCAUUGAGUCGUCCAACAAGUGCUUAUUAUCGUCCACGUUCAGCAAGCUUAGCUCGACCAGGAUCCGCUUCUGGUUUUCGCCCUGGAUCGGCAGCUAGAUUUGAUCAUCUAGCAGUAAAUCGACCAAAUACGGAUCCAAUAAUGUUAGAAUCAAUGGAUAAAGUUGAUGAUGCCGUCAGUGAAUUAACAAUCGGACCAGCAUUUCAGGGAAAUUUAUCCAAAAUAUUACGAGCUAGAAAAAAUCAACAACAGCAGCAACAGACAAAUCAAGAAGCUGCGAAUGAAAUAAAAGAUGAAGUAACGUCUGAUUGUGUAAUUAGUAUUUUAUGA